AUGUCAACAUACAAUCAAGAUGAGUUGGUCGCUCCGUCCUGGCUGGACGAUGUGUUUUUCCGUGAUGUGAUGCGUCAAGCAAAUAACGAUCCAACGAUCGAACUAAGCGAUCCUUGCGUUCUACGCCCUGGUACUAAUAAGGGAGAUCACUUUGCAAGUGUUAUGUUCCGCACGACCGUUAAAUACCGUUCGAAAAGAGUCGAUGGCGAGCAAUCAAUUAACCUCAUCAUGAAAACUAAACCAGAGGCGGAAGGUCUCAAGAAAGACAUGCUGGAAAACAACGAGUUGUUUGAUAUCGAGAUCCGUAUGUAUAGCAAGGUGUUGCCUGAGGUUGCGCGAUUGUUAAAGGAAAUUGGCGAGGAGUACAAGUAUCCAAAGUACAUCUACGGUACGCUUACGCCUCACACCGUCUUCAUCCUGGAGGAUAUCAGCAACCAGGGCUGGGUCAUGGACGACUUUAUCAAAACGUUUGAUGACAUGAAGCCGAUCGUGAAGGAUAUUGCCAUGCUACAUGCGGCCUCCGUUAUGAUGGAGAGCAAUGGUCAAAACGUGUCUGGUGAAUUCAAUGCAGUAAUGGAGGAUAUGUACAAGAAUUUUGAUUCAAUGGUCAAGAAAGGUUUCGGCGACCUACAACAUCUAGCGCAGACUUGCCCGGAGUUUGCCCACUUUGCAAAACCAUUAGAGAACUUUCAAAACAAACUACCCGAAACUUUGGGAUCGUGCUACACGCCAAGUAAAACAUUCCAGAACGUGUUGAUCCAUGGAGAUUUCCAUAGCAAGAAUAUGUUACACCAAAUCGACUCGGAUGGACGGCACACGGACACUAUUCUCAUUGACUACCAGGUCUGCAGCUGGACUUCACCGGCGAUCGAUUUGUACUAUCUACUCGAUAUGAUACCAACGCAGGACGUCAAGGAUAGUCAUCGAGAUGAGCUGAUCUAUUUGUACUAUCAGCAGUUCUCGGGACUGCUCAAACGGUUGGGUUUUCUCGGUAAAAUACCAAGCCUGCUGGAUUUGCAAAUCGAACUCCUGAGACUUUCCGGACUGGAGUUGUUCCACUAUGGCGUGUUUGCCUCGUUUCGUUAUCUAGAUCCUAGCAAACUGGACAUUGAAGCUCUAUUGCUCGGUAAACUCGACAAUCCUGCCCUCAGUAACCCAGAAUUCAAGCAGUUGAUGCACACCGAGCUGUCGCGGUUCCUGUACCAGGGCACUUUAUCUGUUAAUUGA